AUGAUAGUUGCUUUAAAGUUUUUUAAAUCGGAUGCCAAUAGUCAGGAUACCGAUAAAGCGCUAUGGAAAGAAUUCGUUAGAGAGGUCAUUUCAACGCUUGUUUCUACUACUUCAAGGGAUAAAUUUGAUUAUGCAAUGGUGUUACAAUAUGCUGAUGGUGGAAAUCUUCAAGAUUUUUUAGCAAAUAAAUCUAUACCAUUAACGUGGUCUGAUAAUUACCGUAUUGCGCUUGAAAUAUCUGAAGGAUUAUUAUGCUUACAUGCCGAGGGCAUAAUUCAAAGAGAUUUGCAUUCUAAAAAUGUAUUGAUUCAUCAAGGCAAAAUGUUAAUCGCGGAUUUUGGAAUGUCGAAAGAAGAAAGGUACCUUUCGCAAAUCUUGCUGAUUUUAAAGUUAUAA